AACAGGCACGGCGCCUUGUUUUGGUAGCUGUGGACCCGCAAACUGAAGGGAUGAGAAAAAAAUGGAAUUACGGCGCAUUCAAUCGGUAUUGCACAUUGUUGCGUCCCAGGACUAUUUUUAAUUUGAUAGUCAGGUAUAUAUUGUGAUUGUGCUUUUGUGAUUUGCACUUUUUACAUUUGCAGGGAUAUUGACUGAAUUAGCUAGCUAACUAGCUAGUUAGGUAGCUCUAUGGAGUCGUACGCGAACGGUGCUUGUUUUGAUCGUGCAUUUGGAACUCCAGACUAAAGUCAAAUUGGAAUUUCCCUUCCCUUUCAUUUCCCUUGUACUAAAUAUUUUUGAUACGAAUUGUACAUACUGCGAAUGAUUUAGCUAUAUUUUCACGCUUUGCCAUAAAGAUGUAAUGUUAACACGCCGCGAAGGUUUCGUACUCAAGCGGGCGAUUGUUUAGGUGUAGUGCUGUUACCUAAUUGGACCGUUUUAGUUCAGCUAACUUGAAUAGCUAGUUAAUGAAAUAAGGGUACGUAAACGUUUAUUUUUAUGCAUUUGAAUAAUAAGUAGCUUUGCUCGUUUUAGUUUGCUUUAUGCAAAGAAAGAGUUGCUGUUGGUAAGGUUAUUUUACUUUUGAUUAUAUAUCUAGCAACGUUUUCAUUUUCAAAAUGGCAAGCCCAACCUCAGAUCAUGGUUGUUUUUCGGAUGUGAGAAAGGUGGGUUAUUUAAGGAAACCCAAAAGCAUGCACAAGAGAUUUUUUGUCCUGCGGACUGCGAGUGUCUCGGGACCCUCGAGACUGGAAUAUUACGAAAACGAGAAAAAAUGGAGACACAAGUCCGGUGCUCCCAAAAGGUCGAUUCCAUUGGAGAGUUGCUUCAAUAUUAACAAGAGAGCCGACUCCAAAAACAAGUAUUUGGUGGCGCUGUACACCAAGGAGGAGUAUUUUGCAAUCGCAGCGGACAGUGAGCAGGAGCAAGACCUGUGGUACCAAGCGCUCGUGGACCUGCACAACAAGGGUAAAAUGCACGAGCCCGCCGGGGGCAAUGGAAUGGGGGAGGACAGUUAUGGGGACGUUGCACCGGGACCCGCCUUUAAAGAAGUCUGGCAAGUUAUUUUAAAACCAAAGGGACUGGGACAAAUUAAAAAUUUGAUUGGGAUUUACAGAUUGUGCCUAACAAAUAAAACGAUUAGCUUUGUGAAACUGAACUCGGACGCAGCAGCCGUGGUUUUGCAGCUUAUGAACAUCCGGAGAUGUGGUCAUUCUGAGAAUUUCUUUUUCAUCGAAGUGGGGAGAUCCGCAGUUACGGGACCCGGAGAGUUCUGGAUGCAAGUGGACGAUUCUGUUGUCGCACAGAAUAUGCACGAAACGAUUUUGGAGGCCAUGAAAGCAAUGAGUGAUGAGUUUCGCCCAAGGAGUAAAAGUCAGUCUUCCUCCAACUGCUCCACUCCCAUAUCGGUGCCUCUGAGAAGGCACCACCACAACAACCCACCCCCCAGCCAGGUUGGGCUCGGCAGGAGGUCCCGGGCAGAGAGCGUUACCGCCACCUCUCCAGCUGCCCCAGGGAAGCAAGCUCAUUCGUUCAGAGUGAGAGCCUGCAGUGACGGCGAGGGCACCAUGUCCAGACCGGCCUCUGUGGACGGCAGCCCGGGCAGCCCUAGCUCCGUGCGGACGCACUGUCAGCGGCACCGGGGCGGCUCCCGGCUCCACCCGCCUCUCAGCCACAGCAGGUCCAUCCCCAUGCCCUCCUCUCGCUGCUCCCCCUCUGCCAUCAGCCCUGUCAGCCUCUCCUCCAGCAGCACCAGCGGGCACGGCUCCACCUCCGACUGCGUCUACCCCCGCCGCUCCAGCGCCUCCGCCUCCGGCUCCCCCAGCGACGGUGGCUUCAUCUCUUCCGACGAGUACGGCUCCAGCCCCUGCGACUUCCGGAGCUCCUUCCGCAGCGUCACGCCGGACUCUCUGGGGCACACGCCCCCUGCCAGGGAAGAGGAGCUGAACAACUACAUGUGCAUGGCCAAGCCCGGCCUGGUGUCCAACGGGCACUGUAGCCGCCCCCACCCCCGCUGCACGCCUCCCCGCCUCGAAGAGCCAGAGCUGGAGAAGAGCUUCAGGAAGCGGACACACUCCUCAGGUGCCUCACCCCCAACCAUCUCCCACCAGAAGACCCCCUCACAGUCUUCCACUGCGUCGCUAGAGGAGUACGCACCGAUGAUGCCGACUUACAACAGGGCGUCGUCCUACAGACACUCUGCUUUCCUUCCCGCGCACUCGUACCCCGAGGAGAGCCUUGACCUGCAUCUGGAGGGCGGCAGGGUGGGGCCAGGAGACGACGGGUACAUGCCCAUGUCACCGGGUGUGGCUCCCGUGGCCCGUAAGAGCGACGACUACAUGCCCAUGAGCCCAAAAAGUGUGUCUGCACCCCAGCAGAUCCUCAGCCCGCGCCCACACUGCCGAGUGGACUCCAGUGGGUACAUGAUGAUGUCGCCUAGCGUGAGCUGCUCCCCGGAGACUGCAAACUACAGCAAAGUGUGGACCAACGGGGCCAAUCCCGUGCUGUCGGGGAGCAGCGAGGGGAAGGAGUCGUGCGGAGACUACAUCAAUAUGUCUCCUGCGAGCUGCUCUACCACCAGCACUCCACCCGAUUGCUACUUCAACCCAGUGGCAGAGCCACACAAACCCAUGCACUCUUACUACUCACUACCUCGCUCCUUUAGACACACAAACAGGAAGCAGGAGCAGAGCCCGCUGCGCCUCCCUGGGAGCUCCUGCAGGCUGGCCUAUGGGGACUCCUCCUCCUCCUCCACCAGCAGCGACAGCCUGGGAGGGCAGGGAAGCGGGCAGCUGGCUAUCAAGCCCCAGAGAGGGGAGGCGAACGGGAGGCUGAUGCGGCCAACGCGCCUCUCUCUGGAUGGCAGCAGAGCCAGCACGCUUCCGCGGGCACGGGAGAGCCCCUUCCCGCCAGCGCCCGUGAGCCCAGGAGAGUACAUCAACAUGGAGUUCAGCGACAGGCCAUUCUCCGCCAGCCUGGCCUCCCUGCUGGAGCCUGUGUUUGCGGAGGGCAGCUCUGAGAGAUUGACGCGGCACUCUUCUGAGUACAUGAACAUGGAGCUGGGGGCCCAGGGCGGCAAGCCCAACACCUCAGCCCAGGCCACAGCUUGCGCAGAUGAUGGUGCAAGCGUUGCCCCCGCUGUCUCAUCUGCACCUCCCUGUGCAGGAGCACAGACUUGUGACUACGUUCACAUGCAGCUUGGAGCCCCAUGUUGCGGUUACCCAGAGCCGCAGGUGUUGCUCAGCUACUCUGAGAUAAGUAGCUCUGCCGAGACCCCUCCCUGCUCCACAUUGCCAAGCCAGGAGGGGGCUCUGCUGAAUGACGUCUCGGGCACUGGUUGUCCUGGGCUGAUGUCAGGGUUAAGUGCUUUCACCAGGGUCAACUCUAGUCCUAACCGGAAUCAGGGUGCCAAAGUGAUCCGGGCCGACCCACAGGGCCGCAGGCGGCACAGCUCGGAGACCUUCUCGUCCGCGACCACGGCGACGGUCGGAGUGGCAGCCCCAUCCUGCUCGGAGGAUGUGAAGCGCCACAGCUCCGCCUCCUUUGAGAACGUGUGGCUGAAGCCUGGUGAGCCGGCCGCUUGUGGCAGGAGAGAGACGGCGCCAGGGACCGCCCUCCGGGCGAGCCUCAACUACAUGGAUCUGGAUCUGGUGAAGGACCAGACCCUGCCAAGGGGAGGGUCCUCUGAUGACCCCAGCACCUAUGCAAGCAUCAGGUUUCAGAAAGAAGAAGACCUGAGGAAGACUCCAGCACACAGAGAAGAAUGAAGACCUGAAUAACCCUGUACCUCCAGUCAGCCAGCCUACUCUGCCAUAAACCUCACCUCCCUCUCACCGCAAAGGUACAGCUCAGAGCUUUCAUACAGUGGCCAUUUUCCUCACAGCAAAGGUACAGCAAGAGUUUCGGGACAGUGGCCAUUUUCCUCACAGCAAAGGUACAGCACAGAGCUACAGAACAGAGGCCAUUUUCCUCACCGCAAAGGUACAGCUCAGAGCUUUCAUACAGUGGCCAUUUUCCUCACAGCAAAGGUACAGCAAGAGUUUCAGGACAGUGGCCAUUUUCCUCACAGCAAAGGUACAGCACAGAGCUACAGAACAGAGGCCAUUUUCCUCACAGCAAAGGUACAACACAGAGCUUCAAUACAACGGCCAUUUUACUCUAAGCAAAGGUACAGCAAGAGCUUCAGGACAGCAGCCAUUUUUCUCACCGCAAAGGUACAGCACAGCUCUGUGGGACACUGGCCAUUUUCCUCUUAGCAAAGGUACAGCACAGAGCGUUGGUACAACAGCCAUUUUCCUCACAGCAAAGGUACAGCAAGAGUUUCGGGACAGUGGCCAUUUUCCUCACAGCAAAGGUACAGCACAGAGCUACAGAACAGCGGCCAUUUUCCUCUAAGCAAAGGUACAGCAAGAGCUUCAGGACAGUGGCCAUUUUUUCUCACCGCAAAGGUACAGCACAGCUCUUUGGGACACUGGCCAUUUUCCUCACAGCAAAGGUGCAGCAGCCAUUCUUUUGACUGCCAAGGUACAGCACAGUUCUGCCAUACAGUGGCCAUCUUUCUGACAGCAAAGGUACAGCGCAUUUUGACGGCACAGCAGCAUUCUUCUCACAGCGAAGGCACGGUACAGUGUGACUAUGCAGUGCUGGUCUUCUCACAGCGGAGGUGCUGCAACGGUGCAACACAUGUCCUCAGCUGGUGGAGCUGUGCAUUUGGGUGAACUUGUUUACCCAGUCUCACCUCAGGACCGAGUGAACAGAAGCACACCGACACGUGUGCAGACAGACUCCACCUUCACACCUCAGUCCAUUGGUGUUUUCCGUACAGAUUUUUCAUUUUGGGGCUGUAGUGUUCAUUAUAAUAAUAAUAAUUUUAUUACUUCUGUUUUAUUAGGGAAUAAGCGAAGGCUAUCAUUUCUUGCUGGGAUUUUUAAUGAUCUUUUCUCUUAUAAUUGUUGUUAAUUUUUCAGGCAAUUGGAGCACCAUGUGACCACAUUGUUGAUGAUUCUUUAUCAGGAACAUGUUAUAUUGUCAAACCCCUUACAAAUACUCUUGCUUGGAGUGUGAGUCACAGUGUGGCAUUCAUGCCAUUUCAUUCUGCUAUACCUGGAGCAGCGCUCCACGUGAAAAAAAAAAUAAUAAUAAUAAGGUUAUCGCAUGUCAUGAGUACUGUCACAUGAGUACACACACAACCUGUUAUAUCACAUGACAGCAUAUAAUAUGAAAUGUCACGUGACUACACACAUAAUCUGAAAUGUCACAAUCACACAUGUAAUCUGAAAUGUAACAUGAGUACACAAGACAUAAGGAACAUCACCUGUGUCUUGCUCAAGAUGAGCCACUGCGUUAAAGAAAGGGCUUUAGAUCCAAUCAAAGCUCAGAACCACUGAGUGCACCACUGUGUGCUUCAUUUUGUCCACUGGUUUGCUGAGGUAUGUUAGCCUGUGCUCUUUGAUAAUUAAUAAUGACCAAUAUCCAAAGCUGAUUGUUUUAUAACUAGCUGCCCUUGUUUAAU